AUGCAUGUGGACACAGUCUCCCUUGUGUGUCCUCUGAUUUUUGCAGCAGCCCUGUGGAGGAGGGUCCAGGCUGUCUCUCCUGUGCCUUCAGUCCCGGACCGAGUCCAGGCUCUGGUGGGCUCCUGUGUGGUGAUUCCCUGCUCCUUCACUCCUCCAGCUCCUCAUCCUCCUCAUCCUCCCAGGGCGAGGAAGGAGAGGGUGGACGUGCGGCUGAGGUUCAGAGGUGGAGGCCGGUUCUUCCCUCUCCGCAGCACCGCCUACAACAGCGAAGACAGAGAUCAAGUGAGCCGCGAUUUCCAAGGCCGGACGUCUCUGUUUGGGCGAAUCGCUGAUGGAGACUGCUCGAUGAAGAUUGAAAGGAUCAGCCAGGAUGACUCCCGGGUGUUUGAGAUCGCUCUGAAGAGAGCGGAGGACUUACUGUGGGGGCGACCCACCAGCUUCAACCUGGAUGUUGAGGACAGCCCUGAGGCUCCUGUCAUCAGUGGCAUGUUGUCGGCCACAGAGGGACAGCAGGUCACCCUGAACUGCUCCGUCCGCUACCACUGCCCCUCCUCACCCCCCACCCUCGGGUGGAGCUGGGAGAGAGGAGCCCAGCUGAACAGCACCAGGCCUGGGGAGCCUCAGACCGUCUACCCAGAGCCCCACAGACCGGUCCUCCUGUCCUCUCUGUCCUUCACCGUGUCCCACCAGGUGAAACCCAGACUCAGGUGUGAGGUCGGUUACCCAGGAGCCAAAAUAAUGGCCGUGUCCAAGGAUGUGCAUGUGACAUUUGCACCAAAAGAUGUAAUGGUUCAAGUCCAGUCGUUGGUAGUGCACGAGGGGGGCAGCGCCUUGUUGAUGUGCUCGUGUAAAGCCGACCCCCCGGUGUCUGAGUACCGCUGGUCCUACAGCCAACAUGGCCGUUCGGUGGCCCUCCACCAGCGCACGCACACAGUCCGGCUGGUCAACGUGACCCGAGACAUGAGGGUCCGCUGCUCCGCACAGAACCUGAUCGGUCGAGGAGAGUCCCGGCCCACGCCACUGAACAUACAAUAUAAACCAGCCAUCCUCCGGCUCUCCUCCACCUGUGUUUUGGAGGAUGGGGAGGUGUUGUGUCGCUGUUCAGUCGACUCCAACCCUAAAGCAGCAGUCACCUGGAGCGUGAACGGGACCGUUCCACCUCGUGAUUACAACGUUUCUGUAACAUCUGAGCCCGGCGCGCUGAGGGCCACUCUGAGGGGCCACAUGGACGUUCAUCAGACUGUGAUCUGCUUCGCUUUCAACGCGCUGGGAAAUGAUUCCCUGCUGCUGCUGCAGGGAGGAGAAGAGUUAUUACCUCUACUGUGGUUGGUGUUACCUGCUGUCUCCAUCUGCCUGGUCAUAUUCCUUCUGUCGCUUCUUUUCUUCUGCUGCCGGAGGAGAGCUGGAAAACGAGUCCUGAGCAGACGUCCAGCGGUGUACCCUGAAGGUCUGGGGAUCUAUCAGGACCAGAUGCCUCUCUACAUCAACUGCACUGAAGUGACUCAUAUCUACACCAACGGCAGCUACCAGCUGGUCUACCAGAACUGCACACCUCUUUUUGUCCACACAAAGCAGAUCCGUCCCAUGGGCAGAAGAGGAGGAGAGAGGAGAAGAGGAGGAGAAGGAGGAGGGAUGGAGAGGAGAGUCCGAGGCCUGAGGGAGGUGCAGGGUCCUGGUGUAGCAGACCCAGAGACCGCCAUCUACCUGGAGAUCCUCUGAGAAAUCCUCUGGAGAUGAUUCACACUCUUCAUUAAACUCACAUUUCAUCCAUUCUCACAUAUAGUUUAUGUAACUUUCAGUAAAUGUAUAUAUUGUACAUCGAAUGUGUGAACUCCUGUCUCUCUCUCUUAAUCUCCAUAUUGAACUAUUUCAGUCUCUUUGACCCUGUUUCCAUCUAGCAGUAACAUGUGGUCCGAGUGAUCUGAACCCUCUAGAGCAGCGGUUCCCAAACUUUUUUAGCCGUGCACCCCCUUCUACGGCCCAACCGUGUUGAUGCACCCCCAAUCCCCCACACCUUAAAAAAAAAAUGCAAUAAGCUUUUUUAUAGCCAUAUUAAAGGCGACAUGUUUAAUCAUGCUCAAAUCUUUUUUGUUUCUGUCUUGUUGUUUUUUAUUUUAUUUUUUUAUCAUUGUGUUUUAUUCUAUUGUUAUAUGGACCGCCCCUGUGUCCGAAAUAAAGUGUUGAUUGAUUGAUUGAUUGACACAUAUAAUUAAAUAAUCACGAUCACAACAAUGCGGUCUCGCAUUUGAAUUAAUCUGAAACACUGAAACACAGUUUCAAUAUAAUGCAACAAAGUUAUGCUUCCACUUUUAAGAGCAAAGAGGAUGAUGACAGGCUCAGGAUCAGAGGCAGAAAGCACAUAAGUUGGGAAAAUGUUAUAAUAUUCUGAGCCGCGUUGAACAAAAAUUGCAGCAAGUUUAAACAACCCCGUCAUCAUAACACAGGCUGGAAACAUGGAAGAAGAUAACUUCUUCUACGCUUCAUUUUAAGAUGAAGUGCAUUUUGAAUAGCCUGCAUUUAUUUAUUAAUUAAUAUUACAGUUUUUGAUUUUACAUUUUACAAAGGAAAUGUUUAUUUACACGUCUUUAUUGUGUGUGGGGAACAUUUUUUAAUUGUUAGACCGCCAUUACAUUUUUCAUCUCGUGCACCCCCUAGCAGCAGCUCUUCCACAAACCACACUUUGGGAAUCCCUGCUCUAGAGUCCAUGAAAGCAUUGGCAAAUUACUUCUUCCUGACGUGAAGAUGUAAAAAUUAAACAACAUGGAGUUUCUCCAUCAGCUUCCCUCUAAACUUCUGGCUUGAAACUCCACGCCAGAUUUUUUUUUUAAUGAUAUUCGGUCAAGUAAAACCAGAGAUAAUGUCAAAUAUAUUUAGUAUAAAAUACAGAACAAGAUAUUAUCCUCAUUUUACCUGUUAUAUGUUAUAUUUGCAACCUGUGUUCAUAUUGCAACAUUUAAAAUUCUGUG